AUGUCCACCACAGUUGCGCUUCAAGCGCGCUUGAAAGAACUCUCGGCCACAUUGAAUCAAGUUCGGCCUUUGAUAGAUCAGCUUCGAAACUUCAAUCCAACUGAAACAGGCGAUGAAGGCCGUGUGGAGCUUGGAGCGGAGAUACAUGCGGGCUUGAAAGAUGCCGAGGAUGAACUGGAACUGCUACGGAUUGAGGUGGAGGCUCUUGGUACAGGCUCAGAUACAAGGAGAAGGCAGUCGGUCACGACUGGGGAGAAGGAAGCGGAGAAAGAACGUGUCGUGAUGAUGGCAGGCCGAUUGGCGGAGGACUUGAAGAAAAAUCGAGGAGAUUUCAGAAAUGCGCAACUACAAGCUAAGCGGCUAUCUGAGCUUGCCAGACGGAAAGAGCGUGAAUUACUGCUCUCGCGACCAAAGUCACCCUCGGAGCGUCCAAGACAAGCUUCUGAAAAGCUCACGCAGGAUGAUCUGGUACUGAAUGCAUCGAAUGAUGUGACAGCAGCCCUCCGUCGAACACAUAACUUGAUGCAAGCUGAGCUGUCUCGCAGUCAAUUUGCUCAAGAAACUCUGGAACAAUCCACAGCCGCCAUAUCCUCUUUGUCCGAGUCUUACACCAGUCUUGACAGCCUCCUCGCCUCAUCCCGUACCCUCGCCAACUCUCUCCUCCGCUCCCAGAAAUCAGAUACAUGGUACCUUGAGACUGCUUUCUAUAUCCUCAUUGGAACAAUUGCAUGGCUAUUAUUCCGUCGGAUCUUCUAUGGUCCUCUUUGGUGGCUGGUCUGGCUACCCAUUCAGUUUACUUUUCGCUUUAUGUUUAUGGCCUUGGGUGCCAUUGGUUUGACGAAUUCGAAAUCUCUCCAGCCUUCCCUUAGCCCUGUUGCUGCAGAUAUUUCUGCGACUAUCCAAGCAAAUAUGGCAUCAGUUACAGGAGGAGCUGUGCCCACAAGUGAUGAGCUACAUACACAAGAAGAGGAAGACCGCCUUAUUGAUAAGAUUGGGAAGAUGGUCGAGGAAAAUGAGGACCAGAAAGAUCACGAUGUGCGUAUCGAUGAUAUUUUGGUAGAGGAGCAGGCCGAAGAAGAUGAUGCUCCUCGGAAUUCUAAGAAGCGAAUGAUGGAAGGAGAGCGAGACGUGAUGCGGGAUGAACUCUAA